ACCUGGUGCAAAGUUUAUUUGAUUUCCUUUACAGAGAAGCACGUCAUUAGACUGUACGUUUCAUUCGUUCAUGGCUGUGCGGGCUGUGUCGUUUACGUCGAGAUGCAACACGAGUAUUUCGUCGUGAAGUACAUUGCGGCGAACAAUUGCUUCGCACAUCUGUCGACUACCUGGCUGCACCGUUUGGAAACUAAGGAAAAUGCGAUCGAAAUAUCACACAACGGAAAAAAAUACUAUCUUUCUUGCAUCGCUCGCGUUAAUAAUGAUGAAACAUUAUGUAUCGGGGCAACAUUCGCGAGAAGUUUGAACAUCCAAGAGGGAGACGAAGUAUUCGUGUCUUCUGUGAAAAGCGUUGCCUCGUUAAGCAGCGUUCAGAUUGCACCUCACACGACAAGCGAUCGCGAGCUUUUGGAAUUACAAAUGGAAAGAGUACAAUCGAGUCUCCUAAACCAAGUGAGAAUCGUCGCGAAAGGACAGCCGCUCGUGGCGUGGAUCUCAAAGUUUUCCUUCGUGACUUUCAUUGCGGAGGAUUCAGAGCCGAAAUUCGCGUAUGGGCUGCUCGAGGAGUUCACAGAAGUGCACGUGCUUGAUGCAAUCGCAAGCGCAACGAUAAAGGAUGAGGUCGUUAAAAAGAAGGCUAACACGAAGAUAGGAAAUCCUUUGGCCAAGAUCUUGCCUUACUUCGCCAAAAGAAAAGAUCAUCGCGAUUCGAGGGACAACGCCGCAAAUUAUGCGUUACUGCAGAGCUUUCGCAGUAGAAGCGCGCCUCGCGUGUUCCGUGUGUAUCCUCUGCCGGAUUUCCGGUCCUCCGAUCAAUUGAAUGCCCAUGACAUGAUCCUGCGAGGUCCCUGUCACGUUCUGAUUCCGAGGAGCUGUGUGCCGAAAAACAUAAGACCGAGCGGAAUAAUAAUGUGUAAAGUCAGAAAAGUGCCGGAAGAUCGGCAGUAUGUUAACGUCACCAGUACGAAUUUCCUAAAGGAUGAUGAUCCUUCUCUCAAGCCUCCGCAAGAACUGGUCGCGAGGAUUUACGUUCUCGAAGACAUUUUGGACAAGUGCUCUGCGUCGCUAGACAGAGAGUAUUUCGAUCUGAAUUCGAUCCACUCUUGCAUGUACGUGUCAGCGAGUUUGAAGAUCACUUUAGGAUUGAAAGUCGGAAGCAGAGUGAUCGUGCAGAUGAUCGAGGGGGAUGAGUCACCGCCGAGGCCAUCGUCGGUGAACGUUUUUCCUUUCAAUCAAUCGGUAACGCCGGAAGUUUUCGCAAAUUACGUGAAAUUCCAUUCGAGACACGAGCCAUUGUUGCUUAAUUCGGGUGCGACGAUUUUACUCGAGGAUGGCGAACGGUGCGUCGUACGAAUGUCACCCGCGGAUUGCAAUUACGCGACGAUAGAUGGAAAGGAUGUGAAAGACUUGGUCGUUCUUGUUUCGUCGGAUCCGAGCGACGGGAAAAUUCCUCAGAACUGUCCUGAGCAAAAUUCAAGAAUGGAGAAAAUUUCCACAAGGUGUAUAGAGGAUAUCCUUAAAGAUUGCGAAAUCGCCCUUGAUCUCAGCUUGGGUUUGCGAAGAGCAGUGGACUUCCGGUACGAUCGGGAAAACAUUCUGAUUUGCGGCGCCAUGGGUUCCGGCAAAACGACCAUUUACAAAAAGCUAAUUGAAUGUUAUUGUGAGGCACCAUGUUUCGUACACACGCAUGUGAUCGAAUGCAGGUCGCUAAAAGGCAAAAAGGUAGAAACAAUGCAGAAGAUCAUUACGUCCGUUAUGAAUGAAUGCGUGUAUUAUCAACCGUCCAUACUGUUCCUGGACGAUUUGGAGAGCAUUACCAAUGCGUCAUUAAAUGACGAGGAAAAUACGAUAGACGCGACGAACGCUUCCAGAAUUACCGAUAUGCUGAUCAAUACCGUCACGCAAUAUCAAGAAUUUCAUUACAUCUCAAUCGUCGCCACUUGUGCCGAUGUGAGCAAAAUCGGUUCGAGAUUACGGCCAACUAGAGGAGCGCAGUUUUUUAGGACUGUCUUGCAAAUUCCGAAUCUCGAGAAGGUGGAUAGAAUCGAUAUUUUGCGAUUAACGCUCGAGGACAAGUUGUGCGUGCCCGGAGACAUGAAUUGGAAUUACUAUGGAAACAAGACUGAGGGCUGGAUGCUCCAGGAUAUCGUCGAUCUGGCGGAGAAGGCGCGGUUCGUCGCAUUGAAGCGCCAUGCGGCAGAAAGAUUGAAAACGCCGAUUAUCGUGACGGAGGAGGACGUUAACAUCGCAUUGGAGGAUUUCACGCCGAUGUCCUUACAGGGCGUACAGUUGUACAAAAGUAGCGGUCAUUCUUGGUCCAACAUCGGCGGACUGGCGAGUACAAAGACCUCUCUUACGGAAAUUUUGCAGUGGCCGCUCAAGUACCCAGAGAUCUUCAAGAAUGCUCCAAUAAAGCUCCAGAGCGGUGUCCUGUUGUACGGGAUGCCCGGCACUGGGAAAACUAUGCUGGCCAAAGCGAUCGCCAGCGAGUGUGGUGUGAAUUUGAUCAGCAUCAAGGGUCCAGAAUUAUUGUCGAAAUACAUAGGCGUCAGUGAGGAGUCUGUCAGAAAUGUAUUCGAAAGAGCCCGUCGCGCCAAGCCAUGCGUUUUAUUCUUUGAUGAAUUCGACAGUCUUGCACCCAGGCGCGGACAUGACAGUACGGGAGUCACAGAUCGAGUAGUGAACCAACUACUGACGCAACUUGACGGGGUCGAAGAUCGCGAAGGGGUAGCGGUCGUGGCAGCAUCUUCAAGGCCCGACUUAUUGGAUCCGGCUCUUCUGAGACCAGGACGUCUCGAUAAGUAUUUGCAUUGCCCUUUACCGAACGAGUUGGAAAGAGAAGAGAUUUUUACAGUUCUAUGCAAUGCUCAAAAUAUAGAUACAGCCGUGCUGGAUCUGAAAAUAUUAGCCCAGCUCUCUGACGGAUUUACUGGGGCUGACAUCAAUGCGGCGAUUACUUCGGCGAAAUUGUCAGCGUUUGAGGAUGCUUUGGCGACUGCUACGGACGGCAAAGUCAAUGAGACUGCCAUCAAAGUUACGCAAACACAUCUCGUGGAGUCUGUCAAAUUGACGAGACCAUCCUUGUCCACUACCGAAAAGUUGAAAUAUAUCAAGAUUUACGCUCGGUUUUCCAAGGGAGACAACUUCACGGAGGAUGUGUUGAAGAACCAGAAAGCGACACUGGCUUGAUCCGAAUCUUUUCUUAAAUUAUAUCUUAAUCAUUCAAACAGAGACAUGAUGUCAUAAAAUACGUAUAAUAGUUGGAACGAUGAUUAAAUCGAUGAUUUGCUGUCUGUGUUCUUCGGACUCGAGGAAUCGAGAUCUCGAGUGAAAAUCCACACCCAUCCGAACGUAACUCGCGGCGGAGAUUUUACCAGGUAAACCCGAUGGCGAACCGCGGCGGCAGCUCGCGAGGGCGCGAGCUCGAGGAGGCGGAUGUCGCGCCGGGGCAAAGUUAAAUUAAAUCACGGGCGAAGGCAGCUAAUAUUGUAGUUUAUCUGGCGGGACAUUAGCGCGGUGAAAUAUGCGCCUCCUUCGCCCCGGCGAACUUAAAAUCAAGAUCUUAGACGAACUUCCCAGCACCCCUUUCCCUUCCAACCCCCCUCGCGAGACGCCGAGACGCCGACGUCGACGCCGGCGCGUCCUUCCUGCUAAGUCGCGCGUGAAAAUACUAAUUAUUAUACCGAUUAUUAAUACGAAAAGUUGCCGGCGCUAAGUCGGCAAGCACGAGGAGAGUCGUGGCAGAGU